GUAUAUAAACGGAAUUCAGCGUUAGUCAGACGAGGAAAUACUUACGUUUCCUUCAAGGCAGGUGGACACCGGAGCUCAUCCGAAAAAUCAGACAAGAUUAUUUUCUUACCCCCACACACAAGCACUUCAUCACGCAGGCUCCAAAUUCAGCUCGCGCCUUAAAACGCCACCUGCCAGCCACACCACAUCACUGUAACCUAACCAAGCCUUCAGCCAUGAUGCAGCUCAGCAGCGAUUCAGCCACCAACAAGCACUCCCUCAUUAACGUCAUGCACCGCUUCAUCGCGGCGGCCAACAACAUGGACGAGACCAUCAUGGUGCCGAGCCUGCUGCGUGACAUGCCCCUGGAGGAGCAGGCUGUGAGCCAGACGGAAGCCAACAAUAAUUACAAUAACCACCAAGACGACGAGGAGGUGCAGUGUCCCAGCAAACAGCAGAGGGACAUGUACGAGCACUACCUGCUCCUCAAGUCCAUCAAGAACGACAUGGAGUGGGGUCCGCUCAAGCGGGAGUUGAGCAGCGGCUCCAGUUUCCUGGAGAUGGCCGUCAAGCAGGAGCAGCAGCAGAAACCCAUCAAAGGGGCGCUGCCCGUGGACGACAAUGCCGACUUGGAGCGCCAGUUUCACUUUCAUCUGCGUGGACUCUUUGGGGUUUUGUCCAAGCUCACCAUGCAGGCAGAUCACCUCACCAACAGAUACAAGCGAGAGAUCGGAGGCGGAAACUUCAUGAGAUAGAAAGCCUUUAUUCUUCCUCCUCUCCCUCGGGACUGCUUGACGUGAUGGGAUGUGUCACGGGAAUUCUCUUGGCAACUGAGCGGGGCUGUCAGCACUCUACGUCCUCCCCGUUUCCUCCCCUCCCGACAUAAACCGGUGAGGCCUGCUGCACGUUGCCGUCCUGCCUGAGCAGGACUCCCAAUGUUCAGUGCUUGGUGGAGGUUUAAUUGUCCUGAUGAAGCACAGCAGUUCUGCUUAAUUUCUACUGCACAUUUCACCAUUUUCUUUGUGUGCGUGCGUGCGUGUAUGAAUAAAAUGUUUGACUGUAGGAGAAGUUGAAUGCUGGUUAUUCGUCCCUCCUUUUUUUUUUUUUUUUUUUUUUAAUUUAAAGGCCGAGCUUUAAGGGCUCUCUUCACUUCGGUGUGAUUGUAACUGCGUGCCUUGACUAUUUUGACCCCGUCAUUUGCCCGUAGUGUAACUGCUCAGUGGUUUCAAGGUCUUAGCGGCUCAUCUUAUUGUCCUGAAAUUAUUUUUAUAUUGUGCUAAUAAAUAAAUUGGAACCCUU